AUGCCUGAUUGGACAAGUCUGUGGUAUGUCUGGUUAAUCUUGCUGACUGUGUUCCUGCUCCUGCUCUGUGGGAUCACAGCAACCUGCAUCAAAUUCUGCUGCCGGAAGAAGAGGCCUCCAGUGGAGGCCUUCCCCAGGCACCCUUGUGACUUGACAGCUAUUGGUAUUGACAGUGACAGCACUGCCCACAGCACGGUGACCUCAUAUAGCUCGUUGCAGUACCCUCUGAGUGCCCCUAUUCAUUCAAUAUUUGUGGAUAUGGAUAAGAACGCUGUGUCCCCUCCAGCUUACAGUCUCUAUGCCAUGGAGUUGCCACCUUCUUAUGAUGAAGCUGUCCAAAUGGGUAAACAGCACACUGAAGUGGCGCGGACAAGCCAGAAACUCAGUGACAUCCCUGGACAGGUGACAUCAGGUGGGCUGAGUCCCACCCAGGAUUCACCCGAUACAACCAACAAAGACCCAGCCACACAAGCCAGUUCAGAACAUUCAGAAGAUGCAACACGAGAACAGCCGCAGCUCUGA